UAGACUUUACCGCGACAGCCAGAGUUCGGCCAGGGCUGACACCUUACUGAGCUGAGUCCGAUCCGUGACCUAGAAAAUCGAAAAUGGAAGCUUCCAAGUCCAAGUCCUCUUGUACAAAUGGGAUCGCAGGCAGAAGAAGCAAGCGACUGCAGAGGAAAAUGGAGGAGAAAGAGUUGGGUGAUUUCAUGGUCAAUGCUCCCCUUGGCUAUUUCUCUGUCCUCCCGCAAGAAAUCAUGUACAUCAUCUUUUCAAAGCUCCCAACAAUGGACCUCAGCUACCUUACUCUAGUCUCCAAGUCCUUACGAGACAUUGUCAUGGCGUAUAACCUCACCAAGCAAGGCAUUACCAAACUCCUCUCCAUAGGCUGUGCCAAGAGUAAAAGCAAGAAGAAAAAGAUUGACCUGUGCUACUGCUUCAAAGAUCUGGGUUUAUUGGUGAAACGGUCUACUUGCCUGUACCCCACAAAGGAGAGACUACGACUGAUGGAAACUUUGUUUAAAGAGCUGACCAGCAGCGUCAAGAUCGAAUCAACGAGGGUCAACUACUGCUUUGGUCAGUUCCUCAGCAUCUUUGUGAAAGGAUGGGAGGAAAAAGAGUGCCAUCGAGCAUACUUUGCUAUCAUUGAUCAUCAGAACCUUGGCCUCCAGAUUGCGAGCAUUCUGGCAGGCAAGGCCGGGGCCAAGAUUGGGCUAGAGAUGGAGGUGAGGUCUUUCCUGCGUGGUGUGGUCCUGGACCAGUGCGAUUCCAUGGAGGAUCUAGCUAUGUGGCUUCACUUCAUCCUGAAACCCUACCCUAUGGUCCAUCAAGCCAGGCUGCUCCUACUGCUCUAUGGACCACUCAGCAGAACUAGAGACCAGAUAGAUUGGACGUUCAUGACCAACGAUGAUCCGAUCUCGGCUCCUCUCAGCUCUGCCCCAUUCAGAGACCUAGCUGUGGCCAUCAAAGCCCUGUACAAACACAAGGACUGGAGCACAGACAGUGUCAUCAGUGUUCUUGAAGAACUCACAGGAUGCCCAACUGAAUGGCAGACUGAAAACAUGGCCCGCUUGCUGGUGAUGUGUGGGGAAGGGGUGUGUGUUCCAGUGCUGGCCAGCAAGGCGAUUAAUGGCAAGACAUCUCAACUAAGCUCGGUCAUCGUUGCACUGGCCCUGGUCACAUAUCUGAGCAGUUUGAACAUGUCUUGGCUGAUACACAUUCUCCAGGAGAUUUGUCAGAUUGUGCCCAACGAGCAUGAUGUCGAAGCCAUGAUCGAUUCCGUUGUCGAGUACUUCCGGCACAUCAUCGUGACCCUGCCUGAGAACAGACAGCCAGGUCAUAUGAUGAUCUUUGAAGAUAUCGUGGAAGCCUACUCCAGUUUCACCAAAGAACUUAUGGUUGCCUCAGUUAUGCCCUCCUACAAACUUGGCUUACAGCACCGAUAUCCUGAAGAAUAAACCAAAAUGCUCUUCACAUCAUUAGCAAUGGAGCCCCCUCUCUCAAUCCCAGAGAUUUUGCAUUGUGCCUUAGAAUGUGAUUUCAGACUGCCAUAGAGCAUGCGAGUAUAUCUUCAUUCAAACAGGUCUUAUCGCCAACAGGGUUGAACACAACUAGUUACAAAAAUAUGAGUAGCAUUAUUAAUUAUUUAUUACAUCAUUACUAAUAUACUCUUCAUUGGAUUUCAUAUAUAUUAAAGCAUCUUUGAAGAUGUAGUGGUGUCCUACUCUAGUUACACCAACAAUUUAUUGUUGCUUCAAGUCAGCUUGUAAACAGCAUCAAAAUCAUGAAGAUCUAAACCAAAAUGCUCUUCAUAUAUCACCAACGAGGGAGCUGCGUUCUCUCUCUGUCUCUGAGAAUUUUGAAAUUUCCUUUGAAACGCUUAAUUUUUUAUGCAAGCUUCAACGAAAUGGAGGUAUACUUGUAGUUCACCAGGAACUCAUGGUUGAUUUAUAGUCCUGCAACUGCUAGCUGUAUUAAAUUGUUGCCAAUUUAGCUUAUUAUCAGUAUUAACACAUAUAGCCUGCAAUCAAGAACCAUGCAGUGGCUCAUGUAAAUAGAAGUUUGUUUUUAUUGAGUUAACUUAGAGCCCAAAUCUAACUUAAAUUAGCUUUGGAAAGAAAUGAAACAGAAAGAUAUAUGCAGUUACUGGAAAAUCGGUCAAAUUUUCCCAAAGUCAAAUCAAAUUUUGUGUACCAAACUAUGCGAAACAUGUUUUAUUUACACUUCUCGAGUUGAAUUUUUCAUAAGUCAAACUAUUUAUAUGGUCCCAACACAUUGGACUUAUGCAGAGUUAACUGUAUUUAUAUGUAGAUUUGUAUGUGUGAGAAAAGAGA